AUGGAGUACUACAGUACUGACACUAGCAGUUACACAACUACUUGUGCACCAUCAGUCCCUUUUUCUCAUCACUCUCCUUCUUCACAAUCUUCUUUUCCUCCAACUAAUCCAACUCAAACUCUUACUCAAGCUCAAACUGAUCAAACCAAACAACCCAAGAAUCAUGUGGUUAGUCCUUGUGCUGCUUGCAAAAGCCUGAGGAGAAGAUGUGCAGAAAACUGUGUGUUGGCUCCUUACUUUCCUCCCUCUGAGCCACUCAAGUUCACCAUCGCUCAUCGAGUCUUUGGUGCUAGCAACAUCAUCAAGUUCCUGCAGGACCUUCCAGAGUUCCAAAGGUCUGAUGCAGUGACCAGCAUGGUUUAUGAGGCCAGUGCAAGAAUCAGAGACCCUGUUUAUGGUUGUGCGGGGGCAAUCUGCCAUCUCCAAAACCAAGUGAGUGACCUUCAAGUUCAGUUGGCCAAGGCACAAGCUGAGGUUGUCAACAUGCAAUGCCAGAAGGCGUUUCUUGAACCACAGCUCCAGGAAAUGGCGAAACCCGAUCACUACGGACAGGGCUUCUCGUAUCAGCAAUCACUCGAUCAUCGCAACUUCACCACCAGCUCUCUUCCACACAGCAAUGUACUCGAUCAGAGCAACUUGAACUUCCUUGAUGAUCAUCUGCUCUAG